GGAAGAGUAAAAGUCACUCAAUGGCUUUUUUCACGAAUCACUUUUUCUUUCUUCAUUUAUAAUUUAAUUUGUUGCAUUGUUCAACUUUAUAUAUAAACACAGUGCUACACUUUGUUUUUGCCGGUGAAUGGUCGUUGGAAAAAAGAACUUCACCGGAGAAACUCGCCGGGAAAUGGACGAGUCAUGGAGAAUGCAAAUGGGAUUAACGUCGGGACUUCCUCGACGGCGAUCAAUGGAGGACCGUUCAUCUUCACUGACACGGCAGUCCAUCUUCUCAAACACCAACGUCUCCGAAUCAGAAACCUUGGACGCCGACGACUUCGCGGACGUCUUUGGUGGUCCACCUAAAAGCCUCCUCAAACACAAGUUUACCAGGUCGAGUUCUUUCUACGCGGAAAUUUUCAAGCAGCCGGCGUUCACGUCUCCAGCGCUGACCAAAGGUGGCCGGAGCUUGCCGGCGUUCAGGGUUCCGGCGAAAAAUGAUGCGUUUUAUGGGGAUAUUUUUGGUUCCGACGAUGACCGGAGAUCAAGAGAACGGUCAGGAUCACAAUCCAAAGCAAAAUCAAAAUCAAAUUCAUCAUCGGCAUUAAGCUCCGAGGAGCUGAGCCCUCUCCGUCCGGCGAUCAGUGAUGACGUGGCACUUUCAGCGUUUACUUCAAAGCUCAGGCCAAUCAAAGUCCCAUAUAAAUGGAACUCAUCCACUUUGAUGCAUGAGGAACAACAAAUUAAACAAAAGAAGCCAAUUUUUGCAUGUAAUGGUCAAUCAUUUGAGUUCCAAUGUCAGGAUAAUGGGCACUCAAAAAAAGUCACAUCCCCAGAAACAAUUAGUGUUGAAUCCAAUUCAUAUCAAAGCAUCAAACUAUCCACAGAUGACUGGGAACUCAGUCCCCCAUUUUCUUCUGUCUCUGGAGUUUGUCAAGAACCCGAUCAGCCAAAAUCUGCAGUUCAUGAUCAUGUGCUUCGGGAACUAGUUAUAGAGCUGGAUGACGAUGAUGAUGAGGAUGAAGUUAUGAGCUCCUAUGUUAUAGAGGUUAACUCUAAGUCUAACCUUAGAGAGGAAAAUUGUGGAACCGAAGCCAUUGAUGAAGCGAUUGCAUGGGCCAAAGAGAAGUUUCAAUCGCGAAAUAAUGAAGAAUCAGCAGGGUUGAGAAACAAUGGAAAUGAGGAAACUGCUGCAAUGGGAGGAAGGCCUUGUGUAUGUGAAUACCAUGACGACGACAUCGGAAUGAUUGAAUCUCCAAAGAAGGUGCAAACAGAAACAGAGAAGUUGGACAUAGAUAUAAGAUUGUGGUCAUCUGACAAGGAAACUGACAUCAGGCUACUACUUUCAACACUACAUAAUAUUCUGUGUGCUGAGAGUGGUUGGUCUGCUGUUCCUUAUAUGAGCCUAAUCGAAAGCUCGCAAGUGAAGAAGGCGUAUCAGAAAGCAAGAUUAUGCCUCCACCCUGACAAACUUCAGCAAAGAGGAGCAACACUCUUACAGAAGUACAUAGCAGACAAGGCUUUCUCCAUUCUUCAGGAUGCAUGGACAACAUUUAUUUCAGAAGAUGUUUCCUUUUGAACACCAAAUCAUUCUUAAAUCCGGGUAACUCAUUUUUGGUUUAAUGCUUAAUUGCGAACAAAUACCAGGCAUUUAGAGUGUUGGUACCAUGCAGCAAGUACAUGUUAAGUACAUUAGAUUUGAAAACAGCAUCCCCUUUGUACAAAUAGUUGUCUGAUGGAUUGAUCUUCUACUGUUUUAUGUUUGUUUGUGUCAAACGUUGUUAAUGCUUUUUGUAAGUAUUAUUUUGGACGUAUUUAACAGGAAAGUUAUUUGAUUUCUUCUAUUUGACUCGUAUA